AUGAUGAGAAUAGUUCGCACUUCUGGUUCUUCGGAUGUCUUACAAUUGCCAUCCAUUCACCACUUUUUGCCUCAUCUGUUGCCGUCGAGCGACUCAUUAAAGCCCGCGUUUCGUAUCGCGAAGAAUGAAGAGAGGAGUUCCGUUACGAUGGUGUUCGGUGUGCCCACUGUUCGGCGCGAUGUCGAGUCCUAUUUGGUCGCAACUCUUCACAAUCUGAUCGACAAUUUGUCAGUCGAUGAACGACAGGAAGCGAUUAUUGUGGUCUUCAUAGCAGAGACUGAUUUAGAUUACGUGACAAAGACUGCCAAUGAAUUGGAGUCACAAUUCGGGGAACAUAUGGACUCGGGUUUACUUGAGGUGAUAUCACCUCCCGCUUCGUAUUACCCCAAUAUGUCGACCAUAACACAGACAUUAGGCGAUCCCAUCGAUAGAGUCCGCUGGAGAUCCAAACAGAAUCUCGAUUUUGGGUAUCUAAUGAUGUACUGCCAGCCAAAGGCCACAUAUUAUGUGCAAUUAGAGGACGACAUACUAACCAAACCCUCGUAUUUAACGAAAAUGAAAAACUUCGCGGUUAAGGCAUCGCUCGAGAAGAAGAGUUGGCUUAUUCUCGACUUCUGAAAAAUGUUCAAAUCGGUAGACCUAUCGAUGUUUAUAAUAUUCUUCGUGAUCUUCCACAACGAUAAGCCCGUGGACUGGCUUUUGGAGCAUUUG